AUGGACCUCAUCGAUCGAGAGUAUCCAACAAGCGACGACAAGCCUCCAUGGUUUGGUAUGAAAUUCAAACAGUCAGUAUAUUCUGAUGACAUGCUCGAAAGUCUCAAGAGGCGGUAUCCGCAAGGUGCGAAUCUGCGAGAGAGGAAGCACAUGGCUGCUAUUGAGUUCCUACAACAAGAACUCAAGAAUAUGCAAGCAAGUGAAGCAGCUCUGAUACCUAAAACUAAUCCGACGACCUUGGUCCCUGAUAUAGCAUCACACAAUCAUCAACACCAGAGAACCGGUUCGCCGCCCUAUUCGCCAACUUCUCAACUGUCAUCUCCGAAUAUCAUGGACGGUUAUCACGGUACCAGAAGUCCUACAAAUAAAGUGUUCUUGGAACAGCCUCCAAAUGUUUCGAGCAACGUUUCCGGACAAGAGAUUGUUUUCAGUAUUGGAAACAGGCCCCUAGUGCAGCGCCAAAGGAGGAAGAAAAUGACACCAGCAGAGAAGAUCUCCUACAAGCAGAUGAGGAAGAUCGGCGCUUGCGAUAGUUGUAAACGUCAAAAAGCAAAAUGCAGGCACGUUGGUGGUGAAAGAGACAGAUACAGAAAUUCUCGAGGCGCCAGUAGCUCCCCAAAAAGAGAGACCCGGCCAAUUUCUGACUCAGGAACACUAACUGUUGAUGCAACGAACGAGCACAAAUCGCAGACCCAAGCUCCGCAGCACUCGCAAGACCUGUCAUAUGAUCUCAAAUCCUCUCUUGAGACAGUAUCGAUAGCAACGCCUGUUACUGUAUCGGGGAGCCCAAGUCCACAUUGGGCUCAAGAUAUGCAAGGGAGUGCACAGUCGGAGUUGUCUGGGUACGUACCUCCUUCAACCACUUCAAAGCUUUACAGUUCAUAUCCAAACGCUACGUUUGAGAGUACCAUUGAUCCGCAACUUCUGGAUAUGAACUACCGGGACCCAAAUAUCUUCAAUGAAGCGAAUGGCGUCUUUCUUAUGUCUUUGACCACCGGAAAUACACCCUCUGGUAGUUUCUACUCCAGAAACACCCAGGAGUUUUGGAGCCCAGUACAAGGAUGCCGCACAGACGGAAACCCCCCAGGCUAA